UUUGUAUAAUGGUAAGAGCAAAGAACUUGGUGAAUGGGGAGUGCACCAAAAGCAAGCUUUGGCUUGUAGAUUUGGCAGGUAGUGAGAGGCUUGCGAAAACUGAUGUGCAAGGGGAGCGCCUGAAGGAAGCACAAAAUAUAAAUAGAUCACUUUCAGCUCUUGGAGAUGUCAUAUCUGCUUUGGCAACUAAAAGUAGUCACAUCCCAUACAGAAACUCCAAAUUGACACAUUUACUUCAAGACUCAUUAGGGGGGGACUCCAAAACUUUGAUGUUUGUACAAAUCAGUCCUUCGGACCAGGAUUUGGGUGAGACUUUGAGUUCUUUAAAUUUUGCAUCUCGGGUUCGAGGGAUUGAGUUGGGCCCUGUGAAGAAGCAGAUUGAUACUAGCGAGCUUCAAAAGGUGAAAGCUAUGCUUGAAAAGGCAAGGCAAGAAUCCAAAUCCAAAGAUGAAUCUUUAAGGAAGCUAGAAGAGAACUUACAGAACCUAGAGAGCAAGGCAAAAGGCAAAGAUCAGUUUUACAAAAACUUACAGGAAAAGAUCAAAGAACUUGAAGGGCAGAUUGAGUUGAAGACAGUCAUGCACAGCCAGUCUGAGAAACAAGUUUCGCAAUUAUCUGAGAGAAUGAAAGGGAGAGAGGAAAUCUGCAGCAAUCUCCAGCAAAAGGUCAAAGAGUUAGAGAUCAAGCUUAUAGGACAACAGCAGUCAGAAUCUGCAUCUUUCCAGCAGAAGGUUAAGGAGCUUGAAAACAAGCUCAAAGAGCAAUUGCAAGAGUCAGAGUCUCAUACUAUCAUCCUUCAACAUAAGGUGGAUGAGCUGGAGAGAAAGCUGAAAGAGCAGGAACAAAAUUCAGAGUCCGUCUUACUUCACCAAAAGAUUAAGGAGCUUGAAAACAAGUUGAGGGUGCAAGAGCAACAAUUGCAGUGUACUCAUGAUUGCACUGAUGCAGUUAGGGCUACUCCUAAUGAAGGAAAAACCUAUAUAAGAGAUGAAUUCAUGAAUGAGAUUGAGCAUCGUAUUCUGAGAAGUUCAAAUUCAGUAAACCGCUCAAUGAAUCAAGGGUCUGUAAGAGGAAAUGAUUCUCUCCAUGAGACGAGGAGGAAAAGAGAGCAGUUGAGAAGUGCUGAUACAGAGAACAAUAUAUUUGUACCCUCUUCUUUAAAUGAUACCAAGGCUACUAGGAAAUCUGAUCCACCUAAAAUUUCAAGGGUCAUGAGAACAACAAAGCUAGUCACUGCUGCUCAAGGGCCCUUGACUCACAAGAGGACUAGCACCAGCAGAGAUCAGGCUCAAGGGGUGAAGGAGAGGGAUGCCAAGAAGAAGAUUUGGUCUAGAUAGUGAAGCAAGCUCAACAGAAGUGAACAUGUUCCAUAUGUCGACUUCCUUUUUACAUUUUUCUUUUAAUGUUGUUAUGUUACACAUGCCUUUCUGUAUUCAAUAUCAUAUUCUGUACAAUCAUCAAGUGAUAGUUGAAUUCUAUUGUCAAAUCCAAAGAAGAAAUGAAAUUCUUUUGUUUGUUUUUUGAAAUAUACGUGCUGCUUCUG